AUGAAAUUGUUCGUCGCGUUUUUUGCCGUGAUCGCGCUUGCAGCCGCCGUUAAUGUGCCUACCAAUGAUUACUUGCCGCCUGCCGAAACAGUUGCAUUUGAACAAGUCGCUGUAGAGCCACAGGAAGCUGCCGUCCUCGCUGAUGAUGGCUACCGUUACAAGACCGUGCGUCGUCUGAAAUACCGCCAUCGUCGUGAUGUCAACGAGCUCGUCUCCAACGAAUACUUGCCUCCAGCAGCCAGCGCUCCCGUUGCCGUUGCCGAGCAACAAGUUUUUGUUGAGCCACAGGAAUCCGCCGUCCUCGCUGAUGAUGGCUACCGCUACAAGGCCGUGCGUCGUUUGAAAUACCGCCAUCGUCGUGAUGUCAACGAGCUCCCCUCCAAUGAGUACUUGCCUCCAGCAGCCAGCGCGCCCGUAGCUGUCGUCGAACAACAA